CUGAGUGAUCGUGCGGUAUGACUUGGUGACAUUCCGGAGGCAAUUUCGCUGAUGACACUUCGUCAAAAUGUGGUGAUUGUGACGGUAAAAAUCACUGAAAAUCAACUACACAUCCACACACGCGCGAUUGAUCACCCAGAAAAUCUCACAGUGACGCAUAAUGUUCUAAUUGAGAAUUUUUGCAAACCAAAUAACAAUAAUAACUCAAAAUCUGUGAUAUCUUGUGUGACCCAGACAGAGUCUCAAUAAUUGCCCAAAAAGACGUCAAGAAUUCGUCGAAGCUGGUCACGAAAAGCCGCCCCUCGAAGGAAAACACGGUGCGGGGAAAUUAACCCGCUCAAAGAAAAUCAUCAUUUUCACCGACGGGAACAAGUUGGGACCCGCAGCAGCGGGACGAGGAAUGUUCUGCUACCACUGUCCACCUGCAUUGCAUCCCACAGGACCGCAUCCGCCUCGACUACCAACCCUGGAGUACCCGUUCGCGCCGACACAUCCUUACACAAGUUACUCCUAUCAUCCUGCAAUUCACGAUGAAACCUUCGUCCGACGGAAGCAGAGACGCAACCGAACGACUUUCACAUUGCAGCAAUUGGAAGAAUUGGAGACGGCGUUCGCCCAAACUCACUAUCCCGAUGUCUUUACACGUGAGGAUUUGGCUAUGAAAAUCAACUUAACUGAAGCAAGAGUUCAGGUUUGGUUUCAGAAUCGCCGCGCAAAGUGGCGAAAGGCGGAACGCUUGAAAGAGGAGCAGCGAAAGCGCGAAAGCAGCGGCGAUGCGCCCAUUUUGCCAGACAAGAUCGAGAACAGCCGCGACUCCUCGCCAGACAUCACGGGCGAUCCGGAUGAGGACAGGAGAAGCUCCAGCGUGCCACCGCUGAGUCCCAGAGUCGACUCGGAGUCCGAGAGGCCGCUCUCGUCAUCGCAUCUCACGCAAUCAGUCUCUCAGUCCGGAUCCGGAGGCAGUGCAGGCUCUCCAUCGCCCGGAUUGAGCCGAAUGUCGCAGAACUCCGCCGCCAGCCCCACAACUUCGCAGGCUUCAGACUCCCCAAUUGAGGUGGGUGGACCCAUCUCCCUGACAACCACCCGCUCAGUGUCCCUCACGACGCCCUCGUUCGGCAACAGCAUCUUCACCAGCUUCAGUGACACGAACGGCGGUUUCCGCCCCGUGCUGGACAAUGGCACUCCCAGAGCCACGCCGCCGCUCUUCUUGCCGCCCCACCUGGCGUCUCUCAGCUCGCAAUUCGCUCCACCUCUCUUCCCAGCACUCAAAGCUUUCCCGGGACUUUGCUCCUGUUGCCCCAUCAAGGCGCCCAGUCUGCCCUCAUCCACUGCCGCCUCUGGCGUGCCCUCGUCCGCUGUCAUUUCCUCGGCGUCCACCACGAGCGCCUCCCUACCGGAUCCGCGCUCCAGCUCUGUGGCGGAGCUCCGUCGCAAGGCACAGGAACACUCGGCGGCUCUGCUGCAGUCUCUGCACGCCGCCGCGGCUGCUGGGCUCGCCUUUCCGGGCCUCCACUUGCCGCCCCUGUCGCUCCACAGCGCACUGCACAGUCGCAAGAGUGAUCUCCUGGCCGAUCUGCCCAGCAUUGGUCACAAUAACAACAACAACAACGAUUCCCCGAUCACUCCGGCGACGCCCCAGCAGCCGCCACUCAACGGCGUCCUCCCGGCCGCCACGACGCCGGACAAGACAGCAAGCGACUGAGAAACAAACACACUCUACGCUGCAAAGACAAGGGAAUAGUCAUAGCGAACCAAGGAGAAGUUUUAGGACAUUUUCCACGAUAAAGAGCAGAAUAAUCUGUCAUGGUGAGAUAAAGAACACCACAACUUACCAUAUUAAUCAUGAUAAUUCUGUAAUGUAAUAAUAAAUUUAGAAAACAUCAGCCAAAUGCAAACAUUCCAACACAUAUUCUCUAAUGUCCUAAAUAAUAGCUGGAAGAAGAGUCAUUUAGAAAAGAAAA